AUGGUGCAAGAGCAGUAUACGAGGGCCGGGCUGCCGGGACUCCUGCAGCAGGACGUCUCGGCUAAAGCAGGGAUUCUGGUGCUGAGAAGGACAGCCAUCCUGAGGAUGAAUCACCUGACCACCAGCCACUGCUCAGUGGCACAGGUGGAGCUGCGGACUGGCCUGGUAUACCUGGUCUCGGCGUACUUCCAGUACAGCGAUGACAUACAACCGCACAUAAGGCACCUGGAACGGGUACUGGAAGCGCUGAAGGGGGAACCGGUCAUUAUCGCGGUAGACACCAACACCCACUCAAGCUUGUGGCACAGUAGAGAGGAGCAGCUCAGGGGGCGCGGCAGGACAGCCGAAGAGAGGCGGGAGGCUCUUGAGGCCUUUAUAUUAGCAAAGGGCCUCACAGUCAAUAACUUAGAGGGUGAGCCGGAAACCUUUUGCUCACCGAACGGCGCAUCCAAUAUCGACGCAACUCUCAGCACCAGAAGCGUGAAGAUCGGCGACUGGCGGGGGGUGGCACGCGUCUUGGGGGGGGGGCGGAGUGUGGACGAGGAGCCUGCGAGGUUUCGAGACCGCGGUGUGGACUGGGCGGCAUUCAGAUCGGACCUCUCGCUGCGCGUGGGGAGGAUAUCCUUCCAAGCGUCGGCGGGAAAGGUGUGCGGGGCAUUUUCCUCCGCUGUUGUGUGUUCGGCAAAGAAGUGUCUGGGGCUGAGAAAAAAUAAAAGGGGUAGAGAGGGGUACGAGUGGUGGAAUGGUCAACUGGACUCACUCCGCAGAAUCCAUAAUAAAUUGCGUCGGGAUUGGCAGCAGUCCAGGCGCGCGGGCGGACUGCAUGAAGAGGAAACAAAACGUCGUUUUCACCAGGCGCGUGCGGAAUACCGAGGAGCAAUGCGGGAGGCGGAGGCCACUCACUUUAGGCGUCUAGCCGAGGGUGGGAACGAGGAUCCUUGGGGGCUUGCGUACCGUGUCGCCAGCGGCAGGGUGCGACCGCCCCCGGGUGUGAUCGACGGCCUUCGCCUGGCGCAGGGCUUUGCGGGGGGUCUAGGGGAUGCGAUGUCGGGAAUCUUAACAGUUAUGUGUCCGGACGACGACCCGGCGGGCGACUCGCCGUGUCACGCGGAGCUGCGUCUGGAGGCCGCCAGUGUGCCACCAGGCAGGAUUCAGAAGCCACCGAACCGAUCGAUCUUGGGCAGGAUCAUCAAGGAACUGCCCAACAAAGCGCCGGGGUUAGACGGGAUAACGGCGCGCAUUGUCAGAGUUGUAUGGGGGGUGGCCGAGGCGGAGAUGUCCCUCAUGUAUGCGAGAUGCAUCAGAGAGGGCGUCUUCCCCGAGGUCUGGAAGAGCGGAAGACUGGUCGUGAUACCAAAGGGAAACGGGAAGCCACUUACCGAUCCGAAGGCGUACAGACCGGUGACGUUAUUACCGGUGUUGGGUAAAAUCCUUGAAAAGCUCAUCUGCGAGUGCACACCAGGAUUGUACGGGCGAAUCUCUGCACACCAACAUGGCUUCAUGCCCGGCAGGUCAACGGUGUCAGCGCUGAAUACGGUUCUGGGUCUAGUAAGGGGAUCAGCCUUUAAAUACGUGCAAGCCAUCAUGUUAGACAUCUCGGGGGCUUUCGACAACGCGUGGUGGCCAAUGAUGCUAUGUAAAUUUAAGGAAGGCGGUUGUCCGCCGAAUAUCUACAGGUUGCUGCGCUCGUACUUUACCAAGCGCAGGGUGGGAAUGUUCGCUGGUAGCGUGGUGGUCUGGAAGGAUGCCACGAUGGGAUGCCCACAGGGCUCUGUCCUCGGGCCGACGUUGUGGAAUAUCCUUGUGGACGACCUCUUGCGAAUGGCGGUCCCGACCGGCGUUACUCUGGUGGCAUACGCGGACGAUGUCACUGUUCUGGUGGAGGCAAACUCCAGGGCUGAGAUCGAGCGUAAAGCGGCGGCUACCCUCGAACUCGCCGUGCAGUGGGGCGAGCGUAAUAGGCUGAUGUUCUCGCUUGCGAAAACUCAAUCUAUAACACUGAAGGGCAAGCUGCAGCGACCGCCCGUUGUCAGGCUUGGGGGGGAAUCUGUCCGGUCGGUGACGUCGGCGAAGCUGCUAGGGGUGGUGUUGGACGACCGUGGCACCUUCGCGGAGCAUGCGGGCGAUAUCGGGGAUAGGGCGGGGCGCUGUUUCGGCAAGAUGUCGAGAGUCUCCGCGUCGUCAUGGGGGGUCAGAUAUCACGCGCUUAGGGCCAUUUAUCAGGGGACUUUUGUCGCAACGAUAACGUACGCGGCGGCUGUGUGGUUCGACAGGGCACUAUCGUAUGUUGUGGCGAGUCGUUUGCUGCGGUCUCAAAGGGCGGCUCUGGUGCUUCUCACCAAAGCCUACAGGACCACCAGCACUCCGGCGCUGGCGGUCUUGGGGGGGGUUCUUCCGGCCGAUCUAGAGGUGUACCGCGCGGGCAAGGUGCAGGCGACGCGUGGGGAUAGGGCGAAGGCGGAGCUCGCGAAGUUUAGGAAGGAGAUCCACUCCGAGGUGGUGAGCAUGUGGCAGGAGCGCUGGGAAGCGGAGGAAAGGGGGCGCGACCUUCAGCGUUUCUUCCCGUGCGUCAGGGGAAGACUCCGCGCGAAGUGGGUAUCGCCCGACUACGUCACUUCGCAACUUUUGGCAGGGCACGGGGCGUUCAACGGACGACUGAGGGACCUCGGUCUCAGAAGCGAAGGGGAAUGCCCGUGCGGAUCCGCGGAGGAGUACAGAGAUCACGUCCUGUGGGAGUGCGAGAUGUAUGAGAGCGAACGGAGGGAAAUGGUCAGCGCACUGGAGGUGGACGAAUGCCGCCCAGUGUACUUCGGGGACCUCGUGACCUCAGAGGGUAACUUUGCCGCAUUCCGCAACCAAAGAAGAAACGAGUACGGAGCAAAGGAGGCUGAGUGGUCGCUAUUCGCAAGGAUAAGAGAGCCAGAUCGCCGACGGCGAGGCGUCCUGUGCGUCAGCACAGCCCCACCGGUGGGGAGAAUGUGCCUCAGGGACAGCGUAAGCGCAUUUGUAGGGAGUCAAGAAAGUGCACCGGUUAUACGCCAAGAGCAGUCCCGGUGCAUCUCCCGUAGUUUCGGUCGCGACCCGGUCCGUAUGGCCGAGAGGUCGGUAGGACCAUGGGAAGGAGGUGGGUUAUGUCCCUAUCUACUAUCUAGCGAAACCACAGCCAAGGGAACGGGCUUGGGAGAAUCAGCGGGGAAAGAAGACCCUGUUGAGCUUGACUCUAGUCUGGCAUUGUAA